ACACUUAUGGUGGUUCGUUGUUGUACUCACAUCAGUUUUGAGUGUGCCUUAACCUUUACGAGACACUGACGCCGACUGAGCAUAAUUGUUACAGUACACAAAAAGUAUUAUUAUUUAUCGUUGACGAUGGAUAUUAGACCAAAUAAUACCAUCUACAUUAAUAAUUUAAAUGAAAAAAUAAAGAAGGAUGAACUAAAGAAGUCCUUGUAUGCAAUUUUUUCACAAUUCGGGCAAAUAUUAGAUAUUGUAGCAUUAAAGACAUUAAAAAUGCGUGGACAAGCAUUUGUUAUUUUUAAGGAGAUAGCUAGUGCUACGAAUGCAUUGAGGUCAAUGCAAGGUUUUCCAUUUUAUGACAAACCAAUGAGGAUACAAUAUGCAAAAACCGACAGCGAUAUAAUUGCCAAAAUGAAAGGCACCUAUGCGGAAAGACCUAAGAAACCAAAACGAGUUGUCCCUGCCGCGGAUGAAGAAGCUAAACGUGCAAAGAAACGAGCUAAAGAACAGGCCAAACAUUCUCAGCAAAUUGGUUAUCAUGCCGGUGUUCCCCAACACCCAAGCUUAGUCAAUACUGCUGUACCUGAACAACCACCAAAUCAAAUUCUAUUCCUUACAAACUUACCAGACGAAACUAGCGAAAUGAUGUUGUCUAUGCUCUUCAAUCAGUUUCCUGGAUUUAAGGAAGUACGUUUGGUACCAAACAGGCACGAUAUCGCGUUUGUUGAGUUUGAAAACGAAGUCCAAUCAGGAGCUGCAAAAGAUGCUCUUCAAGGAUUCAAAAUCACACCUUCGCAUGCAAUGAAAAUAUCUUUCGCGAAAAAAUAAAAUAUAUAUGAUAUAGUUUGUACGGAAAUGUUAUCGAAAAGAAUGAAACAAAAUGUGUGUGUUGUACUAGGUCUAUGUAGAAAUUUAUGCAAACACAGUCGAGGGUAUUAAAAAUAAUCUUGAAUGAAGAUUUACGAACGUAAAUCGAGGACAUACCAUAAAGAUUCAAGAACAGUACAUGUACAAAAUUUUAUGUAAUGUAUACAUACAUAUGAAACUUCACAUUGUAAAUAGGAAUUAAAAGAUAUAUAACAUUUUUCAAAUAUACAUCAUUUAUAUGGAACUAUUUUUGACUUAGUUUUAUAAUGAUUAGAUGAACAAGUACAGUAAUUUUUAAUACGACGAUACUCAAUUUAUGAUUUAUACAAAUUUUACAGAACACCAUCAUAUAACAUAUUCCUUCGAUUAUACUCGAACCUUUAUUGAGAAUCUACAAAACCAUAAUCGUAUGUAUUUCUUGCAAAUUAAUAUAAGUUUAUUGGAUAAUACUCCAAAGUGAUCAUUAAAUUGCAAGGUUUAUAGCAAUAAUUCUAUAAAGAAAAAA